CUUGCAGAAGAGCCCUCCUCGAAAAGUUUCCUGCUACGAGGGGUCGGCCAUCUGCGACCGCCGCUCCUGUUCUGCCGAGACUGAUCAGUCCCCAUUAACGACCAAAGCAUGGACCGAAUGUGAGCCUGGUUAAUUUUUUUCCACCCUUGUCACCGACAUUCUCAGGCCGAUGGCGAACCGAUAAUGAAAAAACCGCUGUAACGCGAUAAAGCCGCUUUGAUUUACAGUACAGUCCGACGCACCUAAGACAAAAUGCCUGCCUCGCGCUCUCCCUCGCCAGAGAACAACGUCUUUGCCAUCUCCACCACCCUCGUCCCCGAGCGCGAUAAUAAAAAACCCGCAACCACAAGCCUUACCUUCGACAAUCUCCUCCCCUCCCACAGGCCCCUCGUCCUCCACGAGGAUCUUCAAGAAGGAUGUGGCGGCCAACUCUGGCCCGCCGGCAUGGUCCUGACAAGAUACAUGCUCAAAUACCACCGCGCCGGCUCCCUGCGAGGGAAGUCUGUUGUGGAGAUCGGCGCCGGCGGUGGGCUGGUGGGACUGGCCGUUGCGCUUGGGUGCGAACUCGACGAUGAGCAAAAGAUUUACAUUACGGAUCAAAUACCCAUGUUUGCACUGAUGAGGAAGAAUAUCGCGCUCAACAACCUUGAAGAGAAGGUCGUUGCGGAGGUGUAUGACUGGGGCACUCCGCCGCCUCCGGCCAUUCUGACCCCUGGUGCCCAACAUCCAGAUAUCGUCCUGGCAGCGGACUGUGUUUACUUUGAACCUGCCUUCCCUCUUUUACUCCGGACACUCGGUGACCUUAUUGGCCCCGAAACGACCUGCUUCUUCUGCUUUAAGAAGAGACGGAAAGCGGAUAUGCGAUUCAUACGUGACAUGAUGAGAAAUUUCCAUGCUGAGUAUAUCGAGUAUGACGGAAAGGAGGCAGACCAGAAAGAAGGAAUCUUUCUGUAUGCUGUAAGGCGAAAGAGUAAAGAUCACAAGCAAUGAUCAAAACAUUUGCUGUCGGUUUUCUGGAUCAAUAAAAUUACAGUUCUUGCUAGGAUGUGGUAUCUCAAAU